UGCGAUUCUGUAACUCUUAGCAAUAAAAAAAUUGUUAGGUUACAUAACAACUUUUGCCGUUUGCACUAACAAUUGUGUGAUUCUCUAACUCUUGCUUAACAGCGAAAAACAGCUGAUUAUUCCUUUUUAUUUAAAAUGAUGAAAUGUGGCAUCUCAGUCGAGAUAAAUGUCAAAUAUGCGAAAAGUACAAAGAGGAAUAAGAAAAAAAACUUAUUUCCUUCCCGCGGAAACGGAAUUUUUAGCGCCAGCAACGUAUUGCAAUUUUAAAAGGAUGUCUAUCCAGCCGACGAAAAGGAGCCGUGCAUCGGGGGAGCAGUUAAGCGCGAUGCUUGACUUUCUGGGUGAAAACCCGAAUGUGGCGAGCGGCAAGUUCCAGAAGCUCCAUGGCAAGUUGGAGAACACCAAGAAGUGGGCAGAGAUGGCAGAUAAAUUGAAUUCUCUUGGGGGGGCUGCCAAAUCUGUGGAGCAAUGGCAAAAUGUCUGGCGCGACCUAAAAAGUCGAACAUCGACGCGAACGAAUUGGAGAAGCGG